CAACAGGAAGUAGCUGCUCCACAAGCUUCCGACUAGGAUGCGCGAAACCCUCUAAGGGAUUUCCCUUUAUUUGAUAUCCUUGUUGAUUUCCUUGAAAGAGAAAAAACACAGUAUAAACAGGCUAGAAACACAGCGCCAGUCAUGUCAGAGACAUACGAUUUCCUGUUUAAGUUUCUUGUGAUCGGAAAUGCAGGAACUGGAAAAUCUUGUCUUCUUCAUCAGUUUAUAGAAAAAAGAUUCAAAGAUGACUCAAAUCACACCAUUGGGGUUGAAUUUGGCUCGAAGAUAAUCAGCGUGGUCAAUAAGUUUGUCAAGCUCCAGAUCUGGGAUACAGCAGGACAGGAGCGUUUCAGGUCUGUAACACGCAGUUAUUACAGAGGGGCAGCAGGGGCUCUUCUCGUGUAUGACAUCACUAGUCGAGAAACAUACAACGCUCUGACCAACUGGCUCACAGAUGCCCGGAUGUUGGCCAGUCAGAACAUAGUGAUCAUAUUGUGUGGAAACAAGAAAGAUCUGGAUGCUGACCGUGAAGUCACCUUUCUGGAGGCCUCACGCUUCGCUCAAGAGAAUGAGCUAAUGUUUUUGGAGACCAGUGCUCUAACGGGGGAGAAUGUGGAGGAAGCUUUUGUCCAGUGUGCUCGGAAAAUCCUAAAUAAAAUAGAGUCAGGCGAGCUGGACCCGGAGCGGAUGGGUUCAGGAAUCCAGUACGGAGAUGCAGCGUUGCGGCAGCUGCGCUCUCCCAGACGGGCUCAAGCAGAGAGCGUGCAGGAGUGCGGCUGUUAACACAGAUCCCAGACAGCUGUCCAACCAGGCAGGUUUUGUGAACACGAGGUGGAGGACAUUAGUGGGGUUUGACGUAUGGCUCAUCGUGGUGGAGUGACUGUUUCCCUCACCUUACUUUUACUUCUGUUCUGACAUGCCGAGGGACACCCCGUGCUCCAGAAAGCUCCAGAAAAAUGUUUACUGUCCCCCUCGGCCCAGGGCAAGACAUCUGUGGUACCCAAAACCCAGAGGGUAGCUGAAAGACCUGGCCCUUGCCCCCGAGAAUACUGCACUGAGCCCCUGCCCCGUCUUUCCCUCUUCCGUAUGUAGAUGUUGUGUAGAGAAGAGUUUCUAUUAUCACCGUGGAGCAUGUUUCAUGCUUGAAGUACUACAACAUAUUCAUAAAUGACUAUAUACAGCAUAUAUAUAGCUUAGGCAUUCUGCAUCGCUGCUCUGUGGCACGUGCCUGUAAAUCUUAUCAAUGGAGUUUAUCGUACAUUAUCUUGCUAGCACGUUGUUUGCUUUUAUUUUUUUUCCAUGUCUAUUGUAUUCUUUGGUUAUGUUUUAGUAAAGGAUGCUAGAGCAUUUCAUACAUGACAUUUAUUCAAGAAGGCUUUGUUUUUGUAUUAUAAUUUACAAUCAAAAUAAAAUAUUUAAGGGCCAGCGCGCAGUUACCUUCAUAUUGCACUGUAAUACAUUGUCAGUAUGAACAAAAUCAGUGUUACAUGCUCUAUAUUUUUUGUUAAGGCCUUUUUGUGUUGCGGUCCCAUUUUUAGGAAUCUGUUGAAAUUAAACUGAUUUUUUUUCUCCUUUUUGUUUUUUCUUUUGGAGAAAAUGUAUUUUAUUAUUUUUUUCUCUACUUGUGCCCUGUUCUUCUUACUCAUUUUAAAUGGACAUAUCUCAAAUGAGCUUUCACUGAAAAUGAAUGAUAAAUCAUUGUGGACCUUGCUUUAAAUUGCUUGUCAUUAUGUCUUUAUAUCAUGCUUUUAUGUUUGUAAAAAUGGGACAGAUUUCCAAUAGUCAUAUUUAACAGCGCACUAAAUGGUAGUGGGUUAUUCAUUUUUCAUUGUGUCUACAUUUACAUUGGUCUAAAAAAAAUAAAAAUAAAUAACUAAAUAGAAAAAAAAUCUAUAAAUUUGUAGCACUGGUGUAAAUACUUAGAUUUAGUUAGUUCAAAACCGACCUAAUCAAAUGUACAAUUUAGCUGCUGAAUGUAAUUUGAAAGUGUAAACUGCCUAGAUGGCUUUCAUCAUGGAAACGCAACAAUACUUUAAAAAAAAAAAUUAGAGGACAAUUCAUAAAAGUCAGUUAAAGUCAAGGAAGGGCAUUGCCAGACAUUUAAGUUGCUGCAUGGAUCUGACACAUGUAUGUGGUUUCUUAUGUCCAGGAACAGCAUUAUGUAAUAAGACGGCAAUAUAAAAAUCUGUCUUGUACAUUAGUGAGAACAGAGUUUCAUGUUUUACUGCAGCAACAAAAUAAAAAACUAUUUUUUUUUUUAGCCACAAUACAGUUAUGAAAAAUAGUUUUAUUUUUCUUUAACUGACACAAAUACUAUCAGACCUUGUCCUUAAAAAAGGUGUUAAUCUAAACACUUAAACUUUGAAUACUUUUCAAAACUCUUUCCAUAACAGACGGCGGAAUGGAUAUUCAUUCAAUAAUGCAUCUCAUAUACAUUAUGGCUUCAUUAUUCUUACGCUAAAACCAACACUAUUCACAUAGUACAUGCCAUAAAUCAAUACGAAGAUACCUGUACAGUUGUCAGAGAUGCUGAACUAAAAAUAGUCUGAAUUAGUUCAAUACCAUUAUAUAAAUAGUGUAAAAGCAUCCCAAUAUCAUCAUUUCUCAAUAAAUUACAUAAAAUACAACAAGAAAUACCUGAGUGCUACUAAAAACCAAAUAACAUCACAAUGAAUGAGAGUUAUUCUCGAUGAUGAACAGCUGCGAUUGCUUUUGCUGUGUAUGAAAAUGAUUUGUCAUUUUGCUGAGUUUCAUGCUUCAGUUAACAGUGACUUUUUACAUUGUGUCACGAUAUUACUGUUCUGACACAUUACCGUGGAGUUCACCAUUAGUGUGAAUAUACAAAUAAAAUAUAAUACAUCUCAUUUCAAAGAAAGCAGAUAUUAAUAGAACAGAUCAACUGCCAACGUGAGAUUAUUUGAUCCAUGCUGGCGGAAAUGAUUUCAAGUACAAAACAUUUCUUUACAUUAAACCUAACUAUUAACACAAUGUAGAUAAUACACAACAUUACAAUACAUCACGUUGUAUGUCUAUAAUUGUCUGAGUUACUGAAAACUUUUAAAGAAUUGGCUAAAAUGUAAAGAUAAAAUGACCUAUAAAUCUAUGUGACCUACAAAAACCAUGCAGCAAGGCAUGUGAUUAUUUGACGAUUUGCCCUACAGCAUCAAUGGAUUGUGCUUUCAUGUUUGAUAUGUACCAGUAAAUGCAACCUAUCCAUGAUGUUAAUAAACCCCUAAAAAACCUUGA